AUGCUCAAGAACUACGCAGCAUCCACACCUCCUAAGCCGUCGUCGGCGCCUGCGCAUACAACCCUUCAGCGGUCAGUGCGGGCGGCGGGCCCAUCACGAGUCAUACCGCGGUUCCACUUCCCUAAGGGAAGACCGCCACCACCCCAUCAACAAGACCAUGCAUUACAUAAAGUUCAAUCUGCGUUCGCAACGUUCCCUAACAGUCAGGUGCCGAGAGAAAGCUUCAAGCAUAUCGUGAAAGCGUGCGAAUGUCCACUCUACUGGAAGAUGCCAUUGUUCCUGGCAACACAACAGAACCUCAAUGCGGCAGUCGAUGGACACAAGUUCAUUGAUUUUUGGAGAGAGAUGACAUCACAGUGCCACGACCAAGCAUCCAGAUUUGUUUACAUUCUCACGCGAGGCAAAAAUGCUACACUAACCCCGGAAGACUUUGUCCCACUAGUGCAAGACGUUGUCGACACACACCCUGGAUUAUCGUUCCUGAAAGAAGCCACUGAAUUUCACUCACGUUAUGUUCAUACUGUGAUCGCUAGAAUAUUCUACUGUGUUAACCGUUCGUGGUCCGGAAGGAUAUCUAUACCGGAGCUCAGAAGAUCCAAUUUACUACAAGUGAUACAGCUUUUAGAAGACGAGGAAGAUAUCAAUCAAGUUACACAAUACUUUAGUUACGAGCACUUCUACGUCAUUUACUGCAAGUUUUGGGAGUUAGAUAAAGACCACGAUCUGUUUAUUGAUAGACAUGACCUCGCAAGGCAUAAUGACCACGCAUUAUCAAGCCGCAUGAUAGAGCGGGUGUUAUCUGGUUGCGUGACCCGUGGCAACCAGAACAGAUUGACUCCAGAUGGUGAACCAAGAAUGUCGUAUACUGAGUUCGUGUGGUUCCUACUUGCUGAAGAGGACAAGACUCAUCCCACCGCUAUUGAGUACUGGUUUAGGUGCAUGGACGUGGAUGGCGACGGCUUUAUUUCUAUGUAUGAGUUGGAAUAUUUCUAUGAGGAACAAAUGCAGAGAAUGGAGGCUAUUGGCAUUGAAACGUUGCCGUUUACCGACUGCUUAUGUCAGAUGUUAGACAUGGUACAUCCAGCAGAAGAUGGUAAAAUAACGCUCACAGACUUAAAGAAGUGCAAGCUCACGCCCAUCUUCUUCGACACCUUCUUCAACUUAGAGAAAUAUCUCGACCACGAGCAGCGCGAUCCGUUUGCAACGCAGCGUGAUUCAGACUCAGAGAUGUCAGAAUGGGACAGAUUCGCUGCAGAAGAGUACGAACUGCUAGUAGCCGAAGAAGGUGGCAGCGACGCGCAGGACCAAAUGGAGGAAGACAGAACUGGCUAUGCUAGGGUAAGAAAGUGUUGUAUUGCAGUUGCAGUCUCAUACGAUGAGACGGAUGAAGAUUGUUUAUCACCAAAUCUAGACGAUGUAACGAAUACCGAUGUAAUAGAAGAUUCUAGUGUGGAGGAAUCGACACUAAGCGAGGGGUCCUUGGCAAUGGCGUGUCGCAAAGAUCCUAUAGGAGUAGUGGCAAGUCGAACACCAGCACCUCCCUCGGGCUUUGUAAACCUCAAUUCAAUAUAUUCCAUUGGUAAUAACGACCGAUGGGUCAACCAAAACAAACCAAACCCAGAAAAAAAAGAGAAACCCAUCCCACCCGAAAAGCCAGUUAGUUUAAUGAUGAUGAACGGAAAAAUGGACAAUAAAUUUGGAUUUGGCAACAACAGUUUCCUUUAUUCGCAAUUGCUUAACAGCAAUGUAAGCGGUGCGAAAGCGAAAGAUCCGCCGUCGUAUAUAGCGGCUACCAGCGGAUUGGACAAAAGUGGAGAAGUUAAGAAAACUGUAACAUCGCCUAACAAAACUUCAGUAAAAACACCAACCAGUCCAGUUAACGGAGUAAGCAAGAUAUCAGACAAUUAUGAAAGAGCGGUCGCAGAGAGAUUGAGUCCCCAAAGGGAAAUUUCUAGACUAAACCGUAGCAGUUUAUUUAGUAAAGUAAAUACUGGUAUAGUAUCAGGGAAAGUAAAUAAAAGCAGUCGUCAAGAAGACGACGAAGACUACGCGCGUGACAGCGACGAAUGCUCCAUU